AUGCCGCCGGGAGCCCAAAAGCCGCCCCUCGAUCCUUCAUCUGCUGACUAUGCAGCCUUGUACUAUCAGUAUUAUUACGGAGCCGCUGCAGCAUUCGCUCAGAAUUGGCUUCAGGCUGAUGGCGGAGACCUAAACGCUGGUCGACACACUCCAAAGAUCUUCAUUGAACCUCAUAUUCACGCCAAUUUGCAGUCCCCGGGCCUUCUCAUUCAGGUCUGUCCAUGGUCGCAUUUGUUUUAA